CACCAUUGGCAGCUGACUAUGACCUCUUCUGCCCCACAGCCUAACAGAUUCAACCACACACACACACCCUGGCACAUACAUUCAAGUGUUUUUUGCUCCAGUUGCCUUCUUUAAUGACUUCAACAUGGGCCUGCCAAUAUUUUUUAUUUUAGGAAUGGUUCUGAAUCUUGCUCACAGCAUGGAUUUGCAAGAUUCAGAGGCCAGAGACUUGGUUCUCGACCAAACUGUGACAGGGAUUUUGGGAGAGGAGGUCUACCUCCAUUGUCUGUACAUUGGACAAAGUAAAAUCGUUUACUCCUCCUGGAACCGGCUGGAUUCUUCAAAGAAGUCAAAGAAAAUGGCAGGCUACAAUCAGCAUAAGCCUUUCAACAGAGAAAACUUUGAUGUCCCGGCAUUACUUACAAACCUUACUGUAAAGAUAAACGUGACAAGUCUCGACCUAGAGGGAGAAUAUGCAUGCAUCUUUAACUCUGAUGAGGAUGAAAUAAAGGACACCAUGUUUUUCAGAGUUAUUGCUCGGCCUGAUAUUGACAUAACUGUGAAGAAGGAAGUUGUGAACAGGACCCUCUACCAUGCUGUCACUUGCUCUGCCUCCAGUGCCAAGCCUAAGGCUGUGAUUAGAUGGGAGAUCUCUGGUGCCCUUCCAAGAGAUGACAUAUUCUCUGUGAACAUGACUAAUACAGUUCAUCCCAAUGGCACAACCAGUUCAAUCAGUGUACUGCGCUUCCCCUUAAUUAUGAAUAAUGAGAGCACUGUUACCUGUGUGGUCAAUCAUUCAGCUUUUACUGAACCUGAAAGAGUCGACAUUGAGGUGGACACAUUUGUUUCUCCUAUUAUGAGCAUGGAGACCGUCCUGGUCCAAGAAGGAGGAGAAGACUUUCAAGAGGUCAUCUGCAUGGCAACAGGGGGGAGGCCACAUCCAAAUAUCACAUGGAGACUGCCUGAAUUCAAAAACACACCAUCUUUACUGAAAAAUGAUUCCAAACCAGAUUCUGUUAUCAGUUCUUCCCGGUUCCCAUCAGAUCCUUAUGAAGGAGAAAAUAUCUCUUGUGUUUUUGGCUACAUGUUUCUCCCUUUCAUAAACACAAGGACAAUCACUUUGCCAAUUUACUAUCUUUCCUCACUUCAGCUGAAGGACGUUGAUGAUCCCAUUAACAGUGAGAAUCAGACUUCACUGGCGUUUGAGGUGGGGGACGUGGGCAUUACAAUCAGGAUGGAUGUUUUGGGCAAUGUACCAAGUUAUAAAAUUAACUGUUCCAGGGAAGGCCAACCACUGCCUGAGGAUGUGGAUGUGGUUGGCAGUGAUAUCUCUAUCAGAGGUCCUGUAGAGUUUCACCUUGCUGGACAGUAUCUCUGUCAGGCCUCUUACCGUAGGCAUCAAGUGUCCUUGCAAUUCACAAUUGAAGUGAAUCCAAAAGUUAUAUUGCCAGUGACAUUUCCCCCAAACAUCAGUUUGAAUUUAGAAGAGAAUUCAGAGUACAUUCACAUUGAGUGUUUGGCCUUCAAUGCUGUUCCCACUGCAAACGUGUCCUGGAUCAUUUCACAAGAGAUGAAUAGUACAAUUCAGUCUAAUGUCACAUCCUAUAAUGGAUCUUAUUCUGUCAAAAGUGUCUUGACUGUGCACAGGUGCAUGGCACGGGAAUAUGUAGCUGAGUGUGUAGUCGACCAUCCUGCUUUCAUGGAAAAAGAGAGGCGGCAGAUUGCUCUUCCUAUGUGUGCACCACCAAAUAUAACCUUGCAGUCUAGUAUUAAAUGGGACAGUGGCGUUGCAUACACAUGGCUGGUGUGUUCAGUGCAGAGCCAGCCUCCAGGAGCAGCCAUCACCUGGGCCGUAGACUGCCAUGGCAUUGACAGUGGCUCUAGCGAGUUCGUAAUGAGUCAGGCUGACUUUCAGCAGAGUCAUUUGAUUGCCGCCCAGAGUGCGGCACCUAUUCCUAUUUACUCGCAUGCCGGAUGCAGUGUAACCUGUGCGGUUGAGCUUCAAGGGUUUGAGAAACCAGAGAACAAGACUAUUGACCUCCCACGCUUAGGUCCGUCUGCAAGCCGUGUGUUUUUGGGUGAAGAGAGAUACACACAUAUUUGGCAUGCUGUGUGCGAGUAUAGCGGCGAAGGGGUGAAACCCAACAUAUCCUGGGUCCUUCCUGAUGAAGACACCGUAAUUCCAGCAACUACUGAGUUCAAGUAUGACGGAAUUAAAGUAGAAGUCAAUGCAACUUAUGAAUUUAAACUCAGUCAGUAUGAGGGAAAGAAUUUGAUAUGUCUGAUCCAGAACAAGCUCGGCAGGGAUGAGAGACUGGCGAUUCGUGUUCCAAAAUACUCUAUCUCAUCUAUUGAGGUUGUAAACAAAACCACAUUUGAUCGUAGAAGUCAUGGUCAGCAUGUGCAUCGAUUAGCAUUGCAAGAAAACCUCCCUAAUCAGAAGAUACUUCUCAGAGCCCACGGCAAUGCAUCAUCAUACAAGACAACAUGUUACAGGGAGGACGGGUCAGCAGCACACACUGUUGCCAUGGCAUUAGUUUUUACAGAACCAGUAUCUGAACUGGAUGCAGGACUGUACAUAUGCGAUGUCUCGUACCAGCACCACACGGCUAAAGUUUUCAUUCGUGUGGAUGUAACCAGUGAAGAGACUGAACACCUGAUAUUCAUCACCAUCUGCUUCACGUCAGCCGCUGCAAUCACCCUCAUCCUGAUCAUCGUUUUGUUUGUCCUCUGUAAAAGUGGGAAAAGUCACUCAUCACAAAAGAAGAACAGGAGAGAGCGCGAGUCUCUAUCAGCUCUAAUGCAGGACCCUCGUUGCCCAGAGAGGACGGGGCUUCCAGGCGAGGCUGGGCCGCACUAUGCUGAGCUUGUGCACUAUUCUAUUGUUUUAGAUGUUAAAAGCACUGUGUGAAUCGCCGGUUGGGUUUUAUGCAGGUAAUAUAUCAGUUUUUGCACAUACUUUUAGAGUUCAGGCCAGCUUGGGUGCAUGCUUUCAAAAAGGGGAACAUACCUAGAAAAUCAUUCAUUUUCAUAUAAAAUAAUAUAACUGGUAAUGAAAGAGAAAUUGUUAAUAUGGAAAUUUCACUUGUGGUCUCAGGCUUUUGGACACCACUGUAUAUUUACAUUGGAAUUGCCUUGCAUCAGUGUUCGUGAUAUAUAUUUGUUCGUAUUCCUCAACUACCAAUACCGAUUGUAGGGCAAAGUCCCAGAUUUAAGUAGCUUGGUAUUACUCUCAGCAUUAUAAUUAAGUAGCAUUGUUUUUAUGAGCACGUUUGUAAUAAAUGUUUUCCUAUCUUUUUAGAUUGUUAUUUUGAUCUGAUUUGCACAGACAUAUACUUUAAACGUCUGGUUGUUGUCUUCUAUCUUGCUUUAAUUCCAACUGGACUUGUAGUGCACAAACUGACUGAAUCUGUAACGCUGUAGCACCCUCUGGUGACCGUGCAGUGUAUGGUGGGGGAAUCUAUACAUCUGUGAAGUACUGCAACUGUCCAGUCUGAUUUUUUUACUACUUAUAUAAUACUUAUAUAUUUAGUCUUUGUCUGAAUGACGACUGGACUUCCUAUGUGUUGCUAAUGUUCUGUUGUAAGAUGUUUGGGUGAAAUAAUGUCACUGUGAUACUUGUAAAAAGAGAAUAAAAUACUUGACCAAUUAAAA